AAUUCUAUAUGCAGGCAUUCUGCAUAAAGUCUACUAGUUUAUCCGAAUACAAAUUAGUUUUGUAAUGCGUGCCUUUAUCAAUUCCGUUGCGUAUAAAAGCACCCCAUUCAUCUGAAAACCCACAGUCUUAAAAAUUAAGUUAUGAAGAACAUAUUGGCGGUACUAACAUGCAUCCUUUUGGCAUCGCUUGUUAGAUUUUUAUGUACUGACAAUGUAACGAGCUCUGGAGAGAGAUCCACGGCCCCGCUCCUGCCGAUGGUUAUCAACACCUGGAACUUUCCAGAAGCCAACGAGGAGGCGUGGCGACUGCUCAAUCUGGAGAAAGGUGGAGUUGGACAGACGAGGAGCGCAGUUGUGGGCGGUAUUUCCAUAUGCGAAAAGCUGCAGUGCGACAUGGCCGUUGGCUACGGCGGCAAUCCCGACGAGCGCGGAGAUACUUCCCUUGAUGCCUUGCUUAUGGAUGGAGGCACCAUGGAGGUGGGUGCAGUAGGGGAUCUGCGCCGGAUUAAAAGUGCCAUCAAGGUGGCGCAGCAUGUCUUGGAGCACACGCUGCACACUCUUCUAGUUGGUGACGGCGCCGACCAUUUUGGCAUUGCCAUGCGAUUUCAGAACGAAUCACUGAAUUCAGACGAAAGUAUGGCGAUUUGGCAAAACUGGACAGCGCAUAACUGCCAGCCAAACUUUUGGCGAAAUGUCUACCCCGAUCCGAGGACCUCCUGCGGUCCAUACAAGCCCUUAACCACAUGGGAUGCGAAUGCCACUCUAUCGGAGCGGAUCGAGAUCGGACCCGAUAACCACGACACCAUCACCAUGGCCGCCAUCGAUGAGGAGGGCUACAUCCACGUGGGCACCUCCACCAACGGACUACGCCACACGAUAUCUGGACGUGUUGGGGACGCUUCGAUACCCGGCUCCGCUGCUUAUGCGGAUAACGAAGUGGGCGCCGCUAUGACCACUGGCGAUGGAGACAUCCUCAUGCGCUUCCUGCCCUCUCUUCUUGCGGUGGAGGCCAUGCGGGCGGGCAAAACGCCGGCGGAGGCAGUUGAGUUGGUCAUUCAGCGAAUCCGAAAGCACCAAACAUUUUUUGAUGUCGCCAUAAUCGCUGUAAACCGGCUGGGAACGUACGCAGUCGGGUGCUAUGGUACUGGCAUGGCUAAGAAUAAUGGCGAAUUUGGCUACAUGGUCAGUAGUCCGGGACAACCGGUGCGCACGGAGUGGGUUCCGUGCACAACGGACCAUGAGAAAACACGGUCCAAAGCCGACAGGCAAGUUAUCUGGUAAUGUUUCCUAAUUUUGUAAAAUAAUAAAACUAGCAACUUUUAUGCAUUUUAAGCAUAAAAGAUAGAUAGUUUGGACUUGGCAAUUGAUAAAUGUAGUUAUGCUGGAAAGUGUUGAUUAUGAAUUUAUCAACGUAUGACUUGACAGAAACCAGUCCAAUAUUUCAUAAAAAAUACAACUAAAACCAGUUGAUAACAAUAAUCUCUUCGCCACAUAGAACCACCCAUGAACUUUGAAAUAUACAUGUAUGAUAAGAAA